CAGCUCUGGGACAGAAGAGACUCAGCUGCAGGGUUAAGGAAAAACAACCAUUUUUAGGACUUGUUGGGUUUUUGGUACCUCAGAGGAUAGCCAAAAGAUUGUGAGGAGCGGGGAGAUACUUUUUGGAGAAAGAGAUCCAAUUCAUCAUUACCAUGGGGUCUGUCCCCCUGGCUGUAUCAUUCAUCUUCCUUUUGAUCAUACAGGGGGUCCCUGGACAAGAAUUUGUGGGUCUCCCUGAGACAGUGAACCUGGCAGAGAGCUCAGCCAUAGGGACCCUUGUAUACAGCUUCACCUUUAUGAAUUGCACUAAUUCGUCUAUGAAGGUUGAAAUCCAGAGCGUCAAUCCAGCCAGCAAUUUCUUCAAUUCUCCCAGUCUAUCCAGAAUAACUGGGACAUCUGAUAAUACUGUGCAGAUCACCCUGAGCAGUUCUGCAUCACUAAAUGCAAAUGUAGUGAACCAGUACUCACUGGAUUUGUUAGGCACCUGCGGGACAGAAAUCGCAGCUGGUCAGCUCUUCAUUAAAGUUAUUGACGACGUAAAAGAAUCACAGUGUGAGACAAAGUUUGCCAGCCAAGUCGGAGACACAAUUCAGGUUUACUAUAACGUCCCUUCAUCUAGUCCUAUAUACAAGGUGGUUUUACGUCAGCCUAAAAAUGCUUCAGUGACGUAUUCAAUUAUACAACCAAUCCCUUCCCCUUUUUCGGUCAGUACUACCGGAUCUGUUUUGGCACCAGCUGCAGGCUUCACCAAUGCGGCUGCAACUUACCAGAUUCAGAUUUUGGUGAAAGAUGCAGCAGGAACCAGCUGUAAUGGGACUUUAAAUAUAGAGGUUCUUCCAAUUAUUACAAAUCCUGUCAACUUCACGGUGUCAUCUAUUGCUGUCACUAUCACAGAGAAUGGGGGUCCAGAUUAUCUGGUCAAACAGGUGAAGGCGCAAGGCAAGGAUGUCCUCUAUGAGAUGAUAACACCCAGCAGUGCUUACUAUAUCGAAUCAGAUACCGGAACCAUCCGGACCAUUUUUAAUUUGGAUUUAGAGGGACCGACACCAGUCCUGGCAUUUACUAACCUGCAGGUUCGAGCCUAUGACAAAUUCAACCGUAUGAACAGCGCCAUUGUAAGCGUGGACAUUACUGUGUUGGAUGUCAAUGACUUGGCUCCCAGCUGCACACCGUCUGUGUUUGUGACUCAGGUUCCAGAAAACACACCACUUAGCAAAGCAUUGUUGUCAUUGUCAUGCCAAGAUCCCGAUGUGAACAAGACAAGUCUAACCUUCAGCGUGAUCCCCAACGCAAACUCACUGUACUCCUUCCGGAUGGAUGGGUCAAACCUUGUGGUGAACAAGACCUUAACUUAUGACUCAGCCGAAAUAGCCAGUGUGAACUUCCAGUACUCAGCGACCAUUGUAGUGACAGAUAAAGGCUCCCCAUCGCUGACCACCAACAUCCCUGUUUUUGUCACUGUCACUCCGGUAAAUAACUAUCCUCCUAUUUGUAAUGGGCCCCUUGUCUUCUCCGUAAAUGAAAAUGCCCCGUUUGCGACCAGUGUGGGAAAACUGAACGCUACUGAUGCAGAUUAUAAAUUCAACAAUGUGGAGUACAGCAUAGAAGGAAAUCCAACCCCACCCGUCUUCUACAUUAACCCCAGGAGUGGGGAGAUUAAUCUUCUCAGCACUCUGGACUUUGAGACUGUGAACAGAUAUACACUGUCUGUAAAAGUGGUUGAUCUGAACAAUGACAUCAUGCCUGAUCCUGUCAAUCAGAAGACGAUCUUCUGCACAGUCACCAUUAACGUACAGGAUAUCAAUGAUAACCCGCCAGUCUGUACUCCUCCAUUUUACAGAACUGAAAUCUAUUCUACUCUCGUUACCACACAAAGCAUUUUGUCCUUGACCUGCACAGACCGGGACAUCGUCAGUGUGCCCUUGUACUACACAAUUGUAGGGGGAAACACCAACAAUCGAUUCACUAUGAUUAACGACAAUCUCCUACAUAACACCUUCUCCUACAACCCAGAUGGGGUUUAUGACCCUGUGAGCUAUGAGCUCCUUGUUCAGGUGACAGACAACCUGAAUCCCCCUAUCUACAGUACUACAGCAACAGUGUUUAUUACUGUAGUACCAUGGACCACAACGAAGCCCACCACUACCGUCACUACAACGGCUCCUCCAAAGCAAACCAAGAUUAUCCAUAAGACCCUGACAUACUGGGAACCAGACACGUGGUUUAUAGUGGUUCUCACGCUGACCGGCGCUCUCCUUCUCAUUGCUCUGGCCUUGCUGACCUGGAAACUGUGCAAAGGGUCCACGAUCUGCUUCCGCGGAACCAAAGAGGCCGUCCAGCCCCUACUGCAGGAAAGCUCAUUGACAAAUGUCCAACAUGGCCCAGCUGAAGCUGCUAAGCGUAAACCACCAACACCGAUCAAAGAGAAGAAAGACGUGGCACCCGUUAGCCCAUUAAGCCUGCAAUUUGAUGGCAGAGCUCAGGAUCCAGUCACAGGCCGAGAAUAUUUGUUCAACAGUCAAACAGGGGAACGACGCUGGAUCUGAGGGGGAAACCCGAAAUGUCAAUAAAUAAUAAAUUACACUCCACUUCUUGUGUGACUCAACAACAUGCUUUGGGACCUGAUCUUACAUAGUAAUAUAAGAUGAAAAACACUCAAGUCCAUCAAGUUCAACUUUUGUCUAAUUCCUGUAACUACUGUUUAUCCAAAAUAAUGCAAAACUCCCAAAAUGUGUUUCUAAUUGUGUCUCAAAGAGAAAAAAAUCCUUUUCAACUUCAAAGUGAUUUAUCCUUGGAUAAACAAGAUACUAUACUGUAAAUAGUUAUUAUUAUUUAAUUAUUAUUAUUAUUAUUAGGUAUUUGUAGUGCACCAACAGAUUCCGCAGCGCUAUAAACAUAGGCGGUAUACAAGAUAACAUUUACAGGGAUCAAAUGGAUAGAGGGCCCUGCCGAGAGUUGCACUGUUGUAGUCGGCUCUUAUGAAUGUGAACUACAAACAGCUGGGCUCAUAGGUAGGUAAAUGUUGUGAACUUGUCUUCCAGACCCCUUAGUGAUGUAUUUCAACCACACUUUGUGCAAGGAAAUUGUAUAUCUUAUGGUAACAGCCAUUGAUAGUGACUUAUUACAUUGACUGCUGUAUUAUUUCUAUCGCAAACAGCGGUGUAUAUAUUUGAUUAGAAACACAAACCUUAUUUAGCUAUCAAAUAGAUAUAACAAGUUUAGUGGUUUGCAUACACAGCAACUGUGACACAGAAUAUUUGCCUAACGGUAUAACUAAUCUAAGGUUGUUAUAAAAACAUUAGCGGAUCCUAUAGAUCUAAGAUCCAGAAUCGCCAGUUGCAAUAUCUGCAAAAAUAUUUACAGUACAACCUUUAUUCAGUUUGGAAUUAGCUACUAAAAAUACUUAUUUCUGUGUUUGGAUAGCUAUUUUCAUAUAUUGAUCCUCCAGCACACUAAUCAUAAAAUAUUGUGCUUUUUCCUCACUUGGAGGUUGUGCUUUUUGAAAAGACCCUCAAAUUGGGAAGAUUUAUAUUCACACUGUCUAUAAAUUAUUGGUGCACUCCCUGGGUUGAAUUAUUAUAAUAUAUUUGGACGCCCAGGUAGCAACCAACAAUUAUCUAUUCCUGUGCUUUUUGAUAGGGAAUUAUCUCACACUGAGUUUCAGCUAGUUUUAAUAGUAUGUGUGUGUGUGCAUGAGUAUGAGUCCAGUCGGGCUCUUAUUUUUUCUUCAAUAAAGUUAUUUAGUAUACAUGGGGAUGUUUGUGGGAUUUGAUGAUUACAUUGUUCUUUCUUUUCCUUGUCUAAUCUUAUUUAAAUGGGACCAGUAUUAUACUAGCCCAGUUACCUGCAGUCUUUCUCUUUGUGGAGCGAGCCUCUUUGCACACAUUUAUGUACAUUUGGAUGUAUAUCACUGCUUGAGGUUCUGGAAUUCAGGGACUAUAAGUAUUAUUAUAAUCUGAUUUGCACCCCUGAAUCUCACUCGAAAACCCAUUUCUCUCCUCCCUCACCAUCCCUAGUUUAACCCUUAGUGAUGUUGAAAUAUCUGUACUUAACAAGGGCUUGUCAUUCUGCCCCACGGAAAUACCGGACACUUUUGACCUUAAUGUUGAUUUAACAUGGUUCUUCAGACUGCUAAGGCUUUUUUCAACAAUAUUCCCAAACCACAUAAUUCAGAUCCAGUCGAGUCACAAGAUAGUGAAACCACAAUCAGAGACACCCUGGAUGUUGCAGCUUUUGGUUUGCGCAACAAGAGUAACUUUACUCCCCCAUCUACAAACUCUGGGGUUGAAACUUAUAUUAAGGUUGUAGAGAAUCAAUUUAAGGUUUUAGUGAAUAAAAAUAAUAGCAAAAAACAUAGCUAUAAUAUGUGUAAUCUUACUAAUGAAGAGAAACGAGUAUUAACAAAUUUACAGAUGGACACUGCUAUAACGAUCAAAAGUGCCGACAAAGGCGGGGCAGUGGUUGUCAUGGACACCAAUAUGUAUAUAGCUGAAGCCUUACGUCAAUUGAAUGAUACAUCUGUUUAUACUAAAUUAUCAGGUGACCCCACUCUUAAAGUACAAGCUCAGUUCAUAUGUAUGCUAGAUAAUGCUUUAUAAUAUGAGAUUAUUAGUAAGAAAGUAUAUGACUUCUUGUUGAUUAAACAUCCUAUUGUACCAACAUUUUAUCUAACUCCAAAGAUCCAUAAAGACCCUGUUAAACCACCAGGGUGCCCCAUUGUGCCUGGAAUUGGUUCCAUCAUGAGUAAUGCUGCCAAAUUUAUGGAUAAGGUACUGGCCCCUUUGGUACAAAAAGGUAAAUCAUACAUUAGAGAUACUAAUGAUUUUUUGGCAAAAAUUAAACAACUAGAAGGCUUUAAUGAUAAUACUGUACUUGCCACAUGGGAUGUUUGCAGCCUAUAUACUGUUAUCCCGCAUAAUGUGGGUAUUGAUUGUGUUCAGAAGGAGCUUGAUGCAUGUGGCAAAUACAGUGGAUCACAAAUAGGUUUUAUGAUAGACCUAUUGGAGGCCAUUUUGACACAGAACUACUUUCUUUUUUAUAAGAUGUUCUAUAUGCAAAAGACAGGCACAGCGCUGGGGUCCAAUGUGGCCCCAUCCUAUGCCUGUCUGGUGAUGGAUCAUAUAGAAGAAACCAUUGUGUAUAACAAUCCUUUAUUCCAAAAGCACUGCUUAGCAUGGUAUAGGUACAUAGAUGACCUGUUUAUUGUCUGGCAGGGUACACCUUAAUGUCUUAUCCAAACUAAUGAUAUUGAAAGGUCAGUGCCAUUUAUACAAUUUACAUCUAAACAUGACAACAUACAAAUUGAAUUUCUGGAUACCUUAGUGUAUAAAGGUGAUGGUCAUUUAAAAACUGACCUAUUUGUUAAGGCAACCGACAGAAAUACGUUAUUACAUAGAAAUAGCUUUCAUCCACCUGCUAUAUUUAAAUCGGUACCAAAAUCACAAUUUUUGAGAGUAGAUAGAAUUGUAUCAGACCCUAUUGUAAAGGAACGUAGAUUAAAUUAAAUACAAUCCAAGUUCAAAAAGAGAGGAUACCCUAAUCAAGAGCUGGUUCAUGUAAGAUCUAACUUUCAUAACAAAAAUAAUAGUCCAGAUAAUGACACUUACUUUUGUCAGCACAUACAAUACUCUUAGCUAUAAGAUACAAGGUAUUCUUAAGCAUAAUUGGCAUAUCCUAAGAGAUUCAUGUCCUGAAAUUAAGGAGUUUAGUCAAAUUCCCAGAGCUGCUAUCCGCAAAGGAUACACUUGUGGCAGAAGGAUCACUAGGGCUAUUGUUAAUUCAGAUACUAGAGUAUCUCCAUUCUUUGGUAAACCUAAGAAUGGUACUUUUCCAUGCUUUGGUUUCCCCCACUGUAACAGUGUUAUGAAAGGGGGUGAAAUCUGUCACCUCUACUCUGGUUGCAAAUACCUGGGGACUAUACCUGUAAUUCAUCUUACGUUGUAUAUGCCCUCAAAUGUCCCUUUGGUCUUUUAUACAUAGGUGAGACCACCCAAAGGAUAAAAGACCGGAUAGGUCAACAUAAAUCUACUAUCAGAAAUGCAGGGACUAAAGAUUUCCCUGUACUGGCACACUUCUUACAAAUGGGCCAUCAAGUAAAUCAACUCCGUUUUAUGGUGUUAGAUCAAAUAAAAAGAAAACCCAGGGGGGGGGGGGGGUGAUAGACAAAAAGAGCUCUUAUAUAGAGAGGCUAAAUGGAUAUUGCAAUUGGAUACACUUUACCCCAAGGGUAUGAAAAGGGAAUUUGAUCUUAACCCAUUGUUGUGAUUUUGCAUAAUUGUGUUAUGUUAUGUUAUGUAUAUAUGGUUUGUCUAUCUAUUAAUUUGUUUGUCUAUCUAUUAAUUUGUAGGUGAUUAUGCUAAAUUUUGCUUCCUCUUCAACUUUGUUUUUAAUCUUGGCCCAUUAGGAUACAUCAAAAAGGCAAUAUAGGGUUAAAAUUGUUAGUGUUGCUCUAUGUGAGAUUUUUUAUAACCCCGCCCACUAUGUGUGUUCCUAUUGGCCCAUGUUUUAAGCUGUACUGCUAUAAAUGUUUGUAUGUGCAUUGUUUUGUUAGCUUGACAAAGGGGCAGGAGCCCCAAAAUGUUGCUGUUCACCUAAUAAAAGGUUCUUUCACAUUU